AUGCGCAGCGUGGCAGCGGCGCGUGCCUCGAACCACCCACCACUCGUCCGAACCCUCGCGUCGGCUUGCCGAACCUCGUUCCGGAGGGAAACUAUCCCAUCAAGCUCCAUCCGCAUCCUGCGCACCGUCGACGCUGUCAGAACAUGGAGGCGCCCUCACAUGCUCGACCAUCGCCUCGUAGGCCUCGUGCCGACCAUGGGAGCUCUGCAUCAAGGACACCUGUCGCUGAUCCGCGAGGCGGCGCGGGAGAACCAUCAUGUCGUGGUCAGCAUAUAUGUGAACCCGGCUCAGUUUGGUAUUAGCGAGGACCUGGCAUCGUACCCGGUGACAUGGGACAGUGAUUGCAAGAUCUUGGCGGGGCUGGACAGGGACCUCGCAGACGAUGGAGGCAACUUGGGCCGCAUUAGUGCUGUAUUUGCGCCAACGACGAGUGAGAUGUACCCUUCGGGAUUUCCAGGGCAAGAAGUAGACUCCAAAGGGAGCUUUGUGAGCUUGACGCCAGUGAGCGAGGUGCUUGAGGGCGCGACCCGGUCCACCUUUUUCAGGGGCGUGGCUACCGUGUGCAUGAAGUUGUUCAAUAUCGUGCAGCCUGAGAAGGUGUACUUUGGCCAGAAGGAUGUGCAGCAGACCGUGGUUAUCAAAAAGAUGGUCAAGGAUUUCAUGUUGCCCAUGGAUGUCGAAAUUGGCGCCACCAUUAGAGAGCCUGACGGAUUGGCACUGAGCUCGCGUAACGUCUACCUCGGGGCGCGGAGAAGACAGGCCGCGACAGUCCUGAGCCGAGCACUCCGAGCUGCCGAGAAGCAGUAUUUGGACGGUGCUUUCGACCGUGAGUCGAUACUGGGAGCUGCAACCGCAGUCACCACUGAUACUCUCAGUGAGCAGAUGACUCUCUCCCCUGAGAAGAGGGUCAAGUUCGAGGUUGAUUACAUAUCUCUGGCGGACCCGGAGACGAUGGAGGAGCUUACCGAAGUUGACCCCAAGAAUGGUGGUAUUUUGAGUGGCGCGCUCAAGAUGCUGCCCGUCGAGUCGCCCCAAGAAGGUGAGGAUCUUGGGCACAGCGGAGGUCCUGCUGUCCGACUUAUUGACAACAUUGUGUUGAAGCCAUCUGUCUGA